AUGGAAGAACAACAAUGCAAGCGAGCAAAAUUCACUGAAGCUUCGAGUUCGUCCACUUCUAUGAUUGGAAAAAAUCACUACGUAUUCUUGAGCUUUAGAGGUCCCGAUACUCGCAAUGGCUUCAUCGAUCACCUCUACCAUAGACUCCGAGAUGUGGGCCUGCUGUUCCAUCCAAACUUCGUGUUCAAAGAUGAUAAGAACCUCUGCCUUGGUGAGCCAAUUGCUGAAAAUCUUCUUAGUGCAAUCAAGCACUCUAAGGUUUCAAUUCCAGUUAUCUCGAAAAAUUAUGCUGCUAGUGAAUGGUGCCUCCUUGAACUCAUUGAUGUUAUGAAGUGCAAGGAAAGUAGAGUACAAAUAGUCUUGCACAUGCUUUACAAGGUGAAAUCCAAGGAUGUGAAACACAUGCAGGGGAAAUUUGGAGAAGCCUUCAAAUCCAGUAUGGAUCGUUUUGAUGAGGAGGUUAAGCAACAAGGGCCGGAAGCGCUCAAAAGAGCACUUACUCUUAGAGUAUACGAAUCAGGCAAAUUUGCUAAUGGGCGUGAAGCGGAAUUAGUAGAUAAACUUGUAGAAAUAAUAAUGCGAGACCAGCAACAUGAUUUUCAACCAUGUCUUCCCGUGAACUUGGUUGGAAUUGACGAUCAUGUGGCUGAGGUUAUGAAAUUGAUGGAUACUGAUCGUCCAAACACUCAUAUUAUUGGGAUUUAUGGGAUUGGAGGCAAUGGUAAGACAACUCUAGCUACAAUUAUCUAUAACAAACUUUUUGACAAGUUCGAGUGUCGCAGUUUUCUCAAUGAUAUUAGAGAAACAAUCAAUGGCAAGGGUAUCGAGCAUGUGCAAUCUCGAUUGAUCUCAGAUGUACUAAAACUUCAUGACCAUCAAGUGCCAGAUUCUGAUAGAGGAAUUAAUACAAUCCGAUCCUGUUGCACACAAAAGAAGGUACUUAUUCUUCUUGAUGAUGUGGAUUGUCAAGACCACCUCAAUAAAUUGAUUGGAGGUUGUAGUUUCAUGUCAGGAAGUAGGAUCAUUGUUACAAGUCGAGAUAAGGCCCUCUUGAAGUCUGAAUAUGAGUAUGAACUCAAAGAAAUGAAUCACAAAGACUCUUUGCUUUUGUUUAGUAGAUAUGCAUUUGAAAGGGAACAACCUCCCACAAAACUUGCGGCUCUCUCUACUAAUAUUGUUGCCACCACAGGAGGGCUUCCCUUAGCUCUCAUGGUUAUAGGUUCAGUUCUCCAAGGAGAAGAAGAUGAAAGAAAAUGGAGAGAAAUGCUGAAGAAAUUGACAAAGGCACCUGAUGUGACAGUACAACAAAAGUUGAGGAUAAGUUAUGAUGCGUUAGAACCUAAAGAACAAGAAAUCUUUCUUGACAUAGCAUGUUUUUUCAUUGGAACUAAUAAAAGAUCGGCCAUUUACCUAUGGGAUGAUCUUGAAUUUUAUCCAUUAUCUGCAUUGGCAAAAAUGACUCAACGCAUGUUAAUAAAAUGCGAUGAUAACAAGAAGUUGAGAAUGCAUGAUCAAUUAAGAGAUUUAGGUAGAAUUAUCGACCGUCCAGCACAUAAGAAGCCCUGGGAAUGCAGAAUAUUAUGGGAUGAGGAAGCCAAGGAAGUUCUAGGACGCAAGGUAACAAUUAUGUCUCCUUUAGGCCUCUCCCAUGUUCUCUAA